AUGCAGAUAUUCGCCUGUCCCGCGCUUCACGGACGACGGAGCUGUCUCAGAGGCAUUCGCAGUGGUCAAUGGAGUGAAGCAGCACUGCGUUCUAGCGUCUGCACUCUUCAGUCUCAUGCUCUCUGCCAUGCUAAUGGACGCCUACAUGACGAAUGCCCCGCGAUCCGCGCCUUCUACAGGACGGAUGGCCAACUCCUCAAUCAGUGUCGGGUGCACUUCCAGCCGCGUGUAUUCACAACUACCGCCCAUGAGCUUCUCAUCGCCGACGACUGCACCCUUAACGCCACCUUGGAAGGGGACAUGCAAAGGAGCAUGUUUUUCUUUACCUCCGCCUUCGAAAACUUCAGCCUGGCCAUCAACACGGAGAAAACGUUGGAAAUGCAUCAAUCGCCACUCGACUCUGACUACGUCGUACCCCGAAUCAACAUGAACAGCACCCAACUGCGAGCCGUGGACAACCUCACCUACCGGACAGCAGCUCCUCUCGAAACACCAAAAUGA